CUGUUUGACUUUAUUCAUCAAAAAUCAAACCUCUCUCUCUCUCUCAAACCCCAUUAUAUGUGGCUUCUGAGAAAGGAAGGGUGGAACAAACCAGAAAAAUUUACCCUGAGAGUUUUGAUUCCCUCUCUUUUUCUCUUUGAAAUUUCCACACCCAGAAGAUUUAUGGAUAAAAGGUGCAGAUUUGGUUCAGUACAAUUCGGUCUCAACGUUAAUAUCUUCGAACAACGAUUUUCUGGUUUUCUUCUUCCUUCGCUUUUUCAACCCUUUGACCGGUUCAUUCCUUGGUUACGCUUUCUGAGUUCUGCUCUUCCCAAAUAACCUUCAAGUCCUGUUCUUUCACGUGUUUAUUGUUAAAACAAGUUGUCUGCAGGACAGGUCUGCAGAUUGUGGCUGCCUGAAUUCUUCUGCGUCUGCAUUAAGUGUUCGGGCAGCCCCAUUCCUUUUAGCAAAGUAGUUUGUGCUUAAAUGAACGUUUUGGCCAGAACUUCCCUUAAUAAGAUGUCACGAGCUAGGGGUCAAUCGUCUGGUUGGACAGCUUUUGAUCUCAAACAGAAAAAGAAAAAUGGUCUUAAAUCUGAAAUUGAUAAGGACCCUUUCCCACCUGUUGGUGCUUCUAAUUUAAUACGAAAUGAUGAUAAACUGGUUAAGAAGAACCAUGUUCUUGCGAAGUCUUUCUCUUCUGUACUUCUUCCUACACAGAAUUUCCCCACUCUAAAAGAGGGUGGGAAAAGCCAAACACCAAUGACAGGUUCUGAUUCUGGUGGAAAAUAUUGUGCCACUACUGCUCAGAAUGAUGCUGAUUUGGCCAUCAAAAAGCUCAAAGGGCAGCAUCAUUGGGCUGAUGAUAGCUUGAUAGAGGAUAUCUUAGCCGCAGUUAGUAAUGAUGUUGAUAAGGCUGCAACUUUAUUGGAAACAAUGGCUUCUGCAGUUAACAUUGAAGAAUGCAAAAUAUCAAGUGAUCCUGGAGCAGCUAAUUCAUAUUAUGGUACCUGCAAGGAGAAGAUUGAUGAGAGUCUAAUGUUAGGAAAGGGGACAGAUGACAUUACAAUCAAUUCAAGUGUUGGUCAUCUCAAAGAUAACGGUAAAGACUUUGUGGAUAGAAAUGCUUCCCUGGAUGAAAAGUUUUAUGAUGAUAAUGUUAGAUGCCAACUGGGCCCCUUGAAUUCUGUUCCUGUUGAGCCUGAAUGGGAAGAGGAUGAUGUCUACCUUAGCCAUCGAAAGGAUGCAUUGAAGACAAUGAGGUUGGCAUCUCGACAUUCUAGGGCAGCUGCUAAUGCUUUUUUGAGAGGUGAUCAUUUUUCUGCUCAGCAGCACUCAAUGAAGGCCCGAGAGGAAUGGCAUACAGCUGAAGAACUUAAUUCUACGGCAGCCACAAAAAUUCUAAAUAUCAGAAAUAGUGAAAACGAUAUUUCCAGACUGGAUUUACAUGGUCUACAUGCGGCAGAGGCUAUUCGAGCAUUGCAAGAACAUUUAUUAAAAAUUGAAAGCCAAGGCUUCUCAAAGACUUCAGCCACUUCAAAUGGUGUUAAGGUUAAUAAUGGGCUUACACAUUCAACUCUUGGAUCUCUUAAUUCUGUGGACAGUGAAAAUUCAGAUAAACAAGCCCCAAUAAGGCUUAAAUCAGUAGCUUUACAUGUCAUUACAGGUAUGUUACUUUGUCUUGUACCACCAUGUUGCAGCGGUUUCAUUAUUUCCUUGACGCCUUUCAAUCAUUUAUUGAUUGGAAAUGUUAUCAAUUUUUCUUAACUACAAAACUAGAAUUUAAGUUACCCUA